AUGCUGAUGAAUCUCGGCCCGCUGUGGAGUUUGUUCCCUAAGGUAGGAAAUUGAAGAUGGGAUGAUAUGAGGACAAAGGGCCAGGUGCGGUGCGUCUAAUCGACUGGUGCUCAUCAUCAGUCAGGCUUCGUUGAAUUAACUGUAAAAUGCCUUGAGAUGGGCUCUGGGUUUGCUCUGUUGAAGUGUGGGGAUGGGUUCGAGCAUGAAAAUGGCUUAGCGCUUGAAGAUGCGUAACAGGAGUUAUUUUUGAGUGGUUAGAAUGUCAGGUCAGGAGGAGGCUUCUACGGCUACAAAGAACAUGAAGUUGCUAUGCCCUGAUUUCUGGCCUCCCAUUUUUUAGCACAGCGAUCAUGAUGAUAGUUAUUCUCCUUAGUUAGCCUAGCCCUUGCAGCUAGUGUGUUGCAGGAGCCCUGACUGUGUGGUCAAGUGGAAUGUUGGUUAAAGCCAUUCUAACCUCCAGCCAUUUCUCUCCUUCCAGGGCUUUCUGAAGAAUGAGAGGGACAAUGCGCUGCUCUCUGCCAUUGAGGAGUCACGUCGCAGAGUAAGUGGCACUCUCUCCUGGCUGACUGGUUGCCAUGACCACACCCUCUCUGCACCCCAUGUUCACAUUUCACAUAUAAUAUUUUUUUCUUUAACAUACCUGGGGCCUCAUUUAUCAAUAUUGCGUUGAAACUAUUCUAAAAUACUACUUAAGAACGGAAUUUAGAUUGUUCGUACACAUAGAAAAAGUGUGAUUUAUCAAACAAUCCUAUGAGCAUCAUACGCACACUGGUAGGAGAUCCGUUGAUAAAUACCAAUUGUUUUCAGCCUCAGUGCUUGUGCACAACCUUGGCUAUUUGCAUUUCGAAACGCUGCUAAUUAACCAUAUAGUCAAUCAUGGGGAAUAUACAACGCCGUACCAUGAAAUAGCCUACAAUGGCACAACCCCAAAAAGCUAAGAAAAAAAAAAAGAUUUCCGAGACUGAAAUAGAGGUGCUAGUGUCAGAGAUGGAAUACAACCAAAAUAUUUUGUUUGGCUCACCCAGUUGUGGUUUGACCAGUCAACAUUUAAACAUCGCUGCAAAGAGAGGACCAUUAGGACAAUUCUAAGUUGCUUUAGCAAUGGCAAAUAAACUUCAAAUGAGUAGACAACACGCACCAAUAAGCCAUAUAUUCUCAACAGCUCCCUCCUGUAGGCUUAUAGGCCAGCAUUGCUGUUUUGCAGAAUGAACGAGUUGUGUGUUCCACCUUGCCAACACAUUCAGCAGCGUUUUAUUGCGCAUCACAUAACCUAUCACCUGCACAUUAAGAGUAGAAGCCUUUUCUGUUUACAUAGUUCAACUCGUUUUGGGAUGGUGCUUUUAUGGCGAUAUGGGUGCCGGCUAUUGCGCCGUUCGUAUUUGGGAACCCAUUGGUGGCACAAAAAAAAACUUGUUGUGCUAUGGUUUAUGGAAAUGGUAUGUUACAAAUUGUAUGUUAUUGCAUACAAAACAUUGGUUCGUCGAGGGAUGUGAGAUGCCGAUGGGCAAGCUCCGGCUGAAAAGUGCCCGUUGCCAAAAACCUGAGGGUGGAUAGCACUUUGAUGUGCACCAGAAUGGCCUUUCUAAAUGGGUUUUAAAUCCUAUAAGGAUCCUAUAAGAUUGGUUUUGGGAAACGAUAUCUGAUGAGCCAAUCUGUCGUUUCUGAAAAAAAGUCCCACCUGUCUCUAAAAACGCGCGCUCUGCGAAAUGCAGCGUGUGCCAAAUCUUCCAACCGAGCAAGAUCAGCCAUCUCUCAUUCGAUUUCCCAUUAUCUCAGUCUUUUAUAGUAUUUCAACAAUAGUUUAACUUUCACACGUGCCUCUAAUUCAGCAAAUUACUGUACUUUUAUAUGGAUUAUUAUCGUAACAAAUGCACUGAUGUGGUCACAAUGGAAAUACAAUUAACUCUAACAUAUAUAUUUUCCACAUCCUACACUUGACAAGCAGUUCCCUUAUUCCACCACUUGCCACUGUGCGUACACAUGGUCAUGGCUAUGUUUAAAUUUACACACAGUCUCAAGCAAACGUUCAUAUUGAUAAAUCUCACACUUUGCUAUUGUAUAGCCAAUGGUUUCCCUCUAUGACAUCUUGACAUACCACAUUUUCUCAUGAAUAGGCUACAGUUGCAAUCUGUCUCGCACUUUUUAAUAAAAAGAAUAAACCCAUACCCUGGGUUGUCAAUCAUGACUUGCUCACCUUGUUCCAAUAUAAACCCUUAGCCUAUUAUCUUUCUAAAAUGGUUUCCUCUGCAUGAGUUCAGACCAGGUUUAAUUAGGAACAGUUCCAAUUAUCAUCCGCUGUCCCUGUGGGAUUGAGAUAGACAAGGUCUCUGGAUUCUAAUCGGUUCUUGGCUAAAUCUGGACCAGCCAUAUAUGCAGACCCACUUUAGCAUCACAAUCCCAUCCCUCCACACACCAUGGCAUCACAGGGCGUGACCCAGUUUGAAGAGCCACCAUAGUCCCAGAUCUCACUUUUACUGUGUCCCAGGAUACCUGCAUGGGUGACUGUGGUGAUUGGAGAUGUUUAUUGUGCACAGAUAAAGUGCAUUCAGAAAGUAUUCAUACCCCUUGACUUAUUCCACAUUUUGUUGUGUUACAGCCUGAAUAAUUUUAUUUUUAAUUUUUUUUAUUUUCAAACCCAUCUACACCCAAUACCCCAUAAUUACAAAGUGAAAACAUGUUUUUAGAAAUGUUUGCACAUUUAUUGCAAAUGAAAUACAGAAAUAUCUAAUUUAAAUAAAUAUUCACACCCCUGAAUCAAUACAUGUUAGAAUCACCUUUGGCAGCGAUUACAGCUGUGAGUCUUUUUGGUUAAUAUAUUUGCACAUUAUUCUUAAUUUUUUUUAUUCAAACUCUGUCGAGUUGGUUGUUGAUCAUUGCUAGACAGCCAUUUUCAAGUCUUGUCAUAGAUGUUCAAGCUGAUUUAAGUCAAAACUGUAACUAGGCCACUCAGGAACAUUUAAGGUUGUCUUGGAAAGCAACUCCAGUGUAUAUUUGGCCUUGUUGUAGGUUAUUGACCUGCAGAAAGGUGAAUUUGGAAAGCAGACUGAACCAGGUUUCCUCUAGGAUUUUGCCUGUGCUUAUCUCUAUUCCGUUUCUUUUUAUCCUAAAAAACUCCCUAGUCCUUGCCAAUGACAAGCAUACCCAUAACAUGAUGCAGCCACCACCAUGCUUGAAAAUAUGAAGAGUGGUAGUCAGUGAUAUGUUGUUGGAUUUGCCCCAAGGACAUAAAGUUAAUUUCUUUGCCACAUAUUUUGCAUUUUUACUUUAGUGCCUUAUUGCAAACAGGAUGCAUGUUUUGGAAUAUUUUGAUUCUAUACAGGCUUCCUUCUUUUCGCUCUGUCAUUUAGGUUAGUAUUGUGGAGUAACUACAAUGUUGUCGAUCCAUCCUCAGUUUUCUCCUAUCACAGCCAUUAAACUCUAACCUUUCUUUAAUGUCACCAUUGGCCUCAUGGUGAAAUCGCUGAGCGGUUUCCUUCCUCUCCUGCAACUGAGUUAGGACGCCUGUAUCUUUGUAGUGACUGGGUGUAUUGAUACACCAUCCAAAGUGUAAUUAAUAACUUAAACAUGCUCAAAGAGAUAUUGAAUGUCUGCUUUUUUAUUUUUACCCAUCUACCAAUAUAUGCCACCCUUUGCGAGGCAUUGGAAACCCUCCCUGGCCUUUGGUUGAAUCUGUGUUUGAAAUUCACUGCUCGACCGAGGGACCUUACAGAUAAUUGUAUGUGUGGGGUACAGAGAUGAGGUAGUCAUUCAAAAAUCAUGUUAAACACUAUUGCACACAGAAUGAGUCCAUGCAACUUAUUAUGUGACUUGUUAAGCACAUUUUAUUUAGGCUUGCCAUAACAAAAGGGUUGAAUACUUAUUGACUCAAGACAUUUCAGCUUUUACAAAUUUAAUAAAAAAUGAAUAUCUAAAAACAUAAUUCCACUUUGACAUUAUGGGUGGGGUAUUGUGUGUUGGCCAGUCACACAAAAUCUCAAUUUAACUCAUUUUAAAUUCAGGUUGUAACACAACAAAAUGUGGAAGAAAUCGAGGGGUGUGAAUACUUUCUGAAGGCACUGCAUCUCCCAUGGCGAGAGGUUUUGCAGCGUUGGCUAUUUUAAACCAAUCACAUGGUUUCUAACCCAUUUAUGCAGCCUAGCCUGGUUCUCUCAAUUAUUUUCAAAUUGGUCUGUCCAAAUUAAAUUUGUUCUCUCUCUCUUCGUACUUACGUGUUCUCUUUUCUUGUCCCCUGUCAGACGUUCCUCCUGGCAGAGGAGUACCACCGUGAGUCCAUGCUGGUUCAGUGGGAGCAGGUGAAGCAGAGAGUACUGCACACCUUGCUGGGAGCAGGGGAGGAUGCUCUGGACUUCAGCCAAGACGUAGAGGUCAGUGUCUCUCCAUCUGAUGUCUAUCUUUGUCCUAUAAACCCUAUUAACGCCAGUGCAUAAAGCACACAUCCAGAUAUAAUCUAUAUACGUAUAAUAUAUGACUUGACCGCAUUGAGAUAAAUAUGCACUCAUCAAAAAAAAUUACUAACCCACAUGGAUGUUGCUGAUUUUUUUUUUUUUUUUAUCAUUCUUUUUAAAAUAUUUUUUAGAAAUGGCAAGCACUCCUGUUUUUAAUAAGUGUUAUCAGUCUUUACCAAAGCAAGGUUGGUUUUAUGUAGCUUUGUUUAGAUAACCUUCAGGGCUCCAGCUAUUUAGUAUAGUAGGAAAAUUGCUGUGCUAAUCACAAUUUCCUAACUUUAGUUCUUACACAUUGUCCUGUGGAGUGUGUGUUAGAGUUGAUUUGGAGGGAUUUUGUCCUUCUCUGUGCUUAUUGAAUUAUUAACCAACAGUUACAUUUUACAUUUCUGACCUGCUGUUCACCCCCUAUGCCAGAAACACACCCUCUACUGUGUUCAGUUGUUGCUGUCUAUGCUCUCUUCUCUUAUAAUGCCAUGUCUCAUACAGCAUUUAUACUGCCCUAUACAUGUAAUAUACAUUGUAUGGGUGUGUCCCUUUUUGUUCUCAAGAAUACAUGGUUGAUCUGGAUAAAUGUUUAUGCGUGUACGUGCAUGCAUUUUAGAAUGCGAGUGCAUUCAACCAUGAGCUUUGUUCACUAUGGCUUCCACGCGACAUUGGACUACAAUUAUGAGCAACAAAGAUUGUGAUAACCCUUGGGUUAUCUUGCCAUCACAUAGCUACACACUUUUAUUCACAAUUUUUUAGGUUUACCCUUUCCUCUCAGGGCAGCUUUCUAUUUGAGAUUCAGUAAAAUCACUUGUCAUGUAUCGUCUCCCUGUGUGUUUGUGUUGCAGCCCAGCUUUGUGAGUGACGCAGGGACUCCUGGGCGGAGUGCUCUUGACAGCGUCGAGGUAGCCUAUGGACGACAGGUUAGUAAUUUGGCCUGACGCUGAUUACACUGCAGCACCACUUAGCGUGAGAUACCUACAGUACAUAGGCCAAAAGGGAAGUUCAGUCUACAAUUAGUCUCAUUUCAAAUGUUCAAAGAUGUGAGUCACCAAAGCCGUUCUCUCUCGUGUAUUUUAUACAUUUCCCUAUGUGAAGAUAUUAGACUUUAAUAGGCUGUAAUACAUCCAGUCAGCCUGGGGCUAAGUGCCCUGGAACCUCCUGGGCUGAAUGGAUGCACAGCCUCAGUCAGGAUGCAGCUGCACUGUAGUGCACUUCACGUCGUAGUAAUGGGGUCAUGCUAAGCAAGGCAGCAAUAGAUCAAAGAAUUGAUUAGCUGGCAGAGCCCGGGCAUGCUGGGUAAUUUAUCUGCCCCAUUGCACGGGGGUAGGACAGCCUGUCUCUGUCUCGUCCUCCCCAGUCACUCGAUAUACACCAGAGUUUUAGUCCACUGGUUAAAGAGGACAGAAUGUGUCGCCAUAUCGCCUGCGGUGUCAUCAUGCUGGUCUUUGUGAUCUUCUUUGAUGACCUCCUGAACGUUUUCAUCCUUUUUGUCUUGUUUUUCAUCAUCCAUCACUUCACUAUGCGGCCAUAGUGUUCCCUGGGGACGACUGGGACUAGGGCACGGAUCAGGGCUUCCUGGUCUUAGUGCUGAAACGGACAGCAUUCAGUCUGUCAGUACCUGUCUGUCCUCUGACCCAUCUCUAAGUGUUUCUCUGCUUUUGUUCUGCCUCAGAUCUACGUCUUCAAUGAGAAGAUAGUGAACGGACAUGUCCAGCCCAACCUGGGAGACCUCUGUGCCUCAGUGGCAGACAGCCUAGAUGACAAGGUAAGCUCCACGGAACCAUUCCACAUACCUUUGUCUCUGUCUACAUUUGUCUUCCGCUGGGUUGGUAAAUUCUCCAAUGGCCAAUUGUGGACAUUUGGGAAAUGAGUGUGUAUAUCUGAAAGAGUGUAUAUGCUUGUCUCUACAGAACGUGACAGACAUGUGGCUGAUGGUGAAGCAGAUGACAGACGUGCUGCUGGUCCCAGCCAAAGACACGCUGAAGAGCCGCACGGCCGUGGACAUGCAGAUGGCUUUCGUCACGCAGGCCCUGCAGUUUCUGGAGAACAGGUCAGAGGAGGAGAGAACCGUAGAAUUAGAAUGAGAACACUUCCUAAAUGGAUUACAAAACGACACUCCUGUAGUUACCCCUCCACUAACGUUUCUCUUUGUGUUCCCUCAACGGCAGCUACAAGAACUACACCAUGGUGACGGUGUUUGGGAACUUGCACCAGGCCCAGCUAGGCGGAGUCCCUGGCACCUAUCAGCUGGUCCGCAGCUUCCUCAACAUCAAACUGCCAGGGCCUCUGCCAGGCAUGCAGGUACUACUGCCCCCACACUGCAGCACAUUCUGCUAGAGACAACAUCAGCACUGUGCACAGCCUUGCAUAGCACUGGACUAUUCCAGUUGGUAUUUUUACUAAGUGAAGUGUAGAUACAUGCAGGUAAACUCAGCUGUGUGUGUGUGUUAUAACAGGAUGGUGAAGUGGAGGGUCACCCAGUCUGGGCUCUGAUCUAUUACUGCCUGCGCUGUGGGGACCUGGGGGCAGCCAUGCAGGUGGUGAACCGGGCUCAGCACCAGCUGGGAGACUUCAAGACCUGGUUCCAGGAAUAUAUGAACAGCCCUGACAGACGGUAGGAACCUCAUACAUAAUGUACCUCCACUGUGUGUAGUAAACUGGUCUAAACAGAUUAGCUUUCCAUUUCACUUUCUCCUGCAAUUUGACGUGCUGUAACACUAUGGCUCAGAACACCAAGCACCAGUGUGAUUGCUUUGCUCAUAUGAAUCUAAUCUGCUUAGUACUUAUUUUCUCUCCAUCUAUGUCUACUGCUCUCUGUCUACUGCUCUCUGUCUACUGCUCUCUGUCUACUGCUCUCUGUCUGACCUGUGCUGUGUCCUUUCCUCAGCUUGGCCCCUGCCACAGAGAACAAGCUGCGUCUCCACUACCGCAGAGUGCUGAGGAACAGCGCUGACCCCUACAAGAGGGCCGUCUACUGCCACAUCGGGAAGUGUGACAUCGCAGACAACCAUGGAGAGGUGGCCGACAAGACCGAGGACUACCUGUGGCUCAAGGUGCUUGCCUGAUGACCAGUCUGUAGAGUCAGGAUAUUAAUAUUUUACCACUGUACAUGAUUCAUAGUGCUAGUUGGGGAGAAUCAGGUAAAAUAGGGUUGCCUGUUGUAAAUUAACCAUCACAUUAACGUAGACCUGUCCCUUCCUCCAUGCCCACAGCUCAACCAGGUGUGCUUCGAUGAGGACGGCAGCAGUGCACCUCAGGACAGACUGACACUGGCCCAGCUACAGAAACAGCUUCUAGAGGACUAUGGUGAGUUCAGAACACUGCUGGGUACAUGACAGCCAGACUACUAAAUUGAACAGAAAUAGACCUUAAAUACUAAUUCUAAAAGAGAAUACUGUCUAGGACUGGAGGACUCUAUUAAAGUAGAGUUGUGUAAUAGCACCACUUCCCAGUCCCUCCUGGGAACUGCUCUGCUCAGAUAAGAGUGCUUCACUGUUCACUCUUAAGACUUAAACUUUUCUUAAGUUUUAUCAGACAUAAGGAGGCAAAGCUCUCCCACCUGGAGGAUGAGUCAUGGCUUGUUAUCUUGCUCAUUUCAACACAGUGCAAUAAAAGGUGACUGUGACUCAUAGAUAAGCCUGCUGCCUUUCAAAAUGGCUGAUGUAUUCAUGUUUACUUCCUACUUAGUUGAACAUGAACUUUAUUGAGAGGGAUUAAUGCAAGUUGAUGUUGAUGACUAAGUAGUAGAAGUGGAAUAAUUUUGGUAUUUGAAAUGCUGAGUAAAUACAUUGCUGACUAUUCAUCUAUAUUCAGUUAGCAUGUUCUAUAUUCCCUUUCCCAUGUUGUGAAUGUGAUCCUAAUGAUUUUGAGUUUAUUUCUGUGCCUCUCCUAUCUGCAGGAGAGUCUCACUUCUCAGCCAUCCAGCAGCCGUUCCUGUACUUCCAGGUGCUGUUCCUAACGGCCCAGUUUGAGGCUGCUGUGGCCUUCCUGUUCCGGGUGGAGCGUCUACGCAGUCAUGCUGUUCACGUGGCUCUGGUUCUCUACGAGUUACGGCUGCUGCUCAAGUCAUCAGGACAGAGCGCACAACUGUGUAAGUCCCUCUGUCAGGCUACGUGUUUGACUUCCUCUACAUUUGCUUAAUUUCUAGUCACACACCUUUUGUAGUUUUGAAGCUGAUACUGAUAAGUGAAUGUUUUUCUACAUUUCAGUGAGUCAGGAGGCUGGGGACCCCCCUAUGGUGCGACGGCUCAACUUCAUCCGUCUCCUCAUGCUCUACACACGCAAGUUUGAGUCCACAGACCCCCGGGAGGCUCUACAGUACUUCUACUUCCUACGGUAUGUUAAGUUACAUUGCAGCCAUCCUCCUAAGAGAUGCUGCGCUCAGUUGGGGAGAACUCUCCACCACUCCACUGUGUGCUAAUAACACUUGGAGGCAUGGCGGUAUAAAGGGAAAAUGAAGUCUCUGUUAGGGGGUUUCUGGGUGAUGGAAGAAAUGAGGCCUUAUGUAUAAGCCAGUGGGCCAUGAAUCCAGUUCACCAUGAAUAAUACAGAGGCUUUCACACAUGCCAUUGGUUGGGUCAUUUACUCUUUCUUUUGGGGUUAAAUUGAAUAAAGAGUUUUGAUUAGAGCCUUCAGACCUCUAUCGUUAUUUAAAAGCUGUAAUGUGUAUCAAAUAAUUUAGUUUGAAUAUCAAAUACAGUGGCUUGCGAAAGUAUUCACCCCCUUGGCAUUUUUCCUUUUUUGUUGCCUUACAACCUUUUUGGGGGUUUGUAUCAUUUGAUUUACACAACAUGCCUACCACUUUGAAGAUGCAAAAUAUGUUUUAUUGUGAAACAAACAAGAAAUAAGACUCUGGAAGACUUAAACCGGUUUCCCUCAAGAAUUUCCCUGUAUUUAGCUUCAUCCAUCAUUCCUUCAAUUCUGACCAGUUUCCCAGUCCCUGCCAAUGGAAAAACAUCCGCGCAGCAUGAUGCUGCCACCACCAUGCUUCACUGUGGGGAUGGUGUUCUCGGGGUGAUGAGAGGUGUUGGGUUUGCGCCAGACAUAGCGUUUUCCUUGAUGGCCAAAAAGCUCAAUUUUAGUCUCAUCUGACCAGAGUGCCGCCUUCCAUAUGUUUGGGGAGUCUCCCACAUGCCUUUUGGCGAACACCAAAUGUGUUUGCUUAAUUUUUUCUGGCCACUCUUCCGUAAAGCCCAGCUCUGUGGAGUGUUCGGCUUAAAGUGGUCCUAUGGACAGAUACUCCAAUCUCCGCUGUGGAGCUUUGCAGCUCCUUCAGGGUUAUCUUUGGUCUCAUUGUUGCCUCUCUGAUUAAUGCCCUCCUUGCCUGGUCCGUGAGUUUUGGUGGGCGGCCCUCUCUUGGCAGGUUUGAUGUAGUGCCAUAUUCUUUCCAUUUUUUAAUAAUGGAUUUAAUGGUGCUCCGUGGGAUGUUCAAAGUUUCAGAUAUUUUUUAAUAACCCAACCCUGAUCUGUACUUCUCCACAACUUUGUCCCUGACCUGUUUGGAGAGCUCCUUGGUCUUCAUGGUGCCGCUUGCUUGGUGGUGCCCCUUGCUUAGUGGUGUUGCAGAUUCUGGGGCCUUUCAGAACAGGUGUACUGAGAUAAUGUGGCACUUAGAUUGCACACAAGUGGACUUUAUUUAACUAAUUAUGUGACUUCUGAAGGUAAUUGGUUGCACCAGAUCUUAUUUAUGUGCUUCAUAGCAAAGGGGGUGAAUACAUAUGCACGCACCACCUUUCCGUUAUUUAUUUUGUUUCACUUCACCAAUUUGAAAUCCAAAUAAAAAUCCAUUUAAAUUACAGGUUGUAAUGCAACAAAAUAGGAAAAACACCAAGGGGGAUGAAUACUUUUGUAAGGCACUGUAUGUGAUUGUCUAUCCUCUCUUCCUUUUGGGCACAGGAAUGAAAAAAACAGCCAAGGAGAGAACAUGUUCAUGUGCUGUGUUAGCGAGUUGGUGAUUGAGAGUCGAGAGUUUGACAUGCUUCUAGGAAGACUGGAAAAAGAUGGCAGCAGAAAGGUAAUGGUCACACCUUUGUUCUCACUCAUUAUAAAUGUAUGUUUUCAGAGAAGACUCUCAGUUCAAACCCAUCUGAAAUCCUUUGAAUAUUUUAAAUGUUAUUCACUUCAUUGUUAUUUAACUCACAGUUCAUAAUGAUCCCGUUUGUGAAAGCAUUCAUGGUGCUGCUGAUUUUUCCAUUGUGCUCGCGGCACUCCGGAACGUGUAUUCGGGCCGUUCAAAGAGCUGAUUGUGCCAUGUGCUUCUCCCCCAGCCUGGAGUGAUUGAUAAAUUUGCCGGAGACACGCAAGCCAUUAUCACAAAAGUGGCGCUGGAGGCAGAGAACAAGGGCCUGUUUGAGGAAGCAGUCAAACUGUAUGAGCUGGCCAAGGUGAGCAAGGCUUUGGGCGGCAAAGGUUGGGGUCAAGCUGUGUCAGUGGGUUUACUCUAGGUGAAGGUAUGGGCCGGGUUGAUAGAGAGGAAGAGUAGAAAAGAAUGAAAUGUCACCUCACAUUCCUCUAUUUUCCUUCUCUGAUCUGUAGAAUCCAGACAAAGUCCUAGAGCUGAUGAACAGGCUGCUGAGUCCUCUUAUUGCCCAAGUGGGCUCCACCCAGUCCAAUAAGGAGAGACUGAAGAACACUGCUGUUGCCAUCGCUGAGCGGUAACGUCCUGGCCACCUACUCUCACUUACAUACUUACUGUACAUGAUCUACAUUCUGCAUUACCACUGAAAUGAGAUCUUGUUUGACUGCAUCAUAUAGGCUUACUGAAAGCAAUUGUGUUAGAAAAGACGAGUGGACCAUUGAGGCUCAGUUCUUCAGUGUGUGGUCUUGUUCUCAGGUACCGGACCCAGGGUGUUGCUGGAGAGAAGUCUGUGGACAGCACCUUCUACCUGCUGCUGGACCUCAUGAUCUUCUUUGAUGAGUACCAUGUUGGUCACAUAGAUCAGGCCUAUGAUGUGAGUCUGACACCCAGGGCUUCCUGCCUGAUGGCUUACUAUGCUGUUUAUUCAGAUGGAACUGAUAGUAGUUAUGAUGACCUCUUCUUUAACUGUCCCUAACUUCUCCCCUGUCUCUCUCUCUCUCUCUCUCUCUCUCUCUCCAUUUAUGUCAGGUGAUGGAGAGACUGAAGCUGGUCCCUCUGAGUCAGGACAGUGUGGAGGAGAGGGUUGCUGCAUUCCGUAAUUUCAGUGAUGAGGUGAGAUACUGCACUCUAAUUACACUCAGUAUGCAGCACCACACUUCCAAAGUGUUCAUGUAAUCUUUUAGCAUUUUUUUCUACUGUCAAAUUUAAUUAAAUGUUAUUGGUCACAUGCUUCGUAAACAACAGGUGUGGACUAGCAGUGAAAUGCUUAUUAACAGCCCUUCCCAACAAUGCAGAGAGAAAGAAAAUAGAGAAAUUAUAGAAAUGUAAAAAAUAAAAUAAAAGUAAUAGAUACAAAUGCUAUGUGCAGGAGUACGAGGUAAUUUAGGUAGAUAUGUACAUAUAACUAGGAAUAAAUGUGACAGAUAGUAAACAGUAGCAUCAGCAUGUGUAAUGAGUCAAAAAAGUUAGUACAAAAAGGGUCAAUGCCAAUAGUCCAGUUAGCUAUUUGGUUAACUAUUUAACAAACUAUUUAGCAGUCUCAUGGCUUGUGGGUAGAAGCUGUUCAGGGUCCUCCUGUUGGUUCCAGACUUGGUGCAUCUUUACUGCUUGCCGUGCGGUAGCAGAGGGAACAGUCUAUGACAUGGGUGGCUGGAGUCUUUGACCAUUUGUAGGGCCUUCCUCAGACAUCGCCUGCUAUAGAAGUUCUGGAUAGCAGGGAGCUCGGCGCCAGUGAUGUACUGGGCCGUAAGCACCUACCCUCUAUAGCGCCUUGAGGUCGGAUGUCAAGCAGUUGCCAUACCCAAGCGGUGAUGCAGCCAGUCAAGGUGCUCUCAAUGGUGCAGCUGUAUAACUUUGAGGACAAGGGCCUGUUUGAGGAAGCAGUGAAACUACAGUGGGGGAAAAAGUAUUUAGUCAGCCACCAAUUGUGCAAGUUCUCCCACUUAAAAAGAUGAGAAAGGCCUGUAAUUUUCAUCAUAGGUACACGUCAACUAUGACAGACAAAAUGAGGGAAAAAAAUCCAGAAAAUCACAUUCUAGGAUUUUUAAUGAAUUUAUUUGCAAAUUAUGGUGGAAAAUAAGUAUUUGGUCAAUAACAAAAGUUUCUCAAUACUUUGUUAUAUACCCUUUGUUGGCAAUGACACAGGUCAAACGAUUUCUGUAAGUCUUCACAAGGUUUUCACACACUGUUGCUGGUAUUUUGGCCCAUUCCUCCAUGCAGAUCUCCUCUAGAGCAGUGAUGUUUUGGGGCUGUCGCUGGGCAACACAGACUUUCAACUCCCUCCAAAGAUUUUCUAUGGGGUUGAGAUCUGGAGACUGGCUAGGCCACUCCAGGACCUUGAAAUGCUUCUUACGAAGCCACUCCUUCGUUGCCCGGGCGGUGUGUUUGGGAUCAUUGUCAUGCUGAAAGACCCAGCCACGUUUCAUCUUCAAUGCCCUUGCUGAUGGAAGGAGGUUUUCACUCAAAAUCUCACGAUACAUGGCCCCAUUCAUUCUUUCCUUUACACGGAUCAGUCGUCCUGGUCCCUUUGCAGAAAAACAGCCCCAAAGCAUGAUGUUUCCACCCCCAUGCUUCACAGUAGGUAUGGUGUUCUUUGGAUGCAACUCAGCAUUCUUUGUCCUCCAAACACGACGAGUUGAGUUUUUACCAAAAAGUUCUAUUUUGGUUUCAUCUGACCAUAUGACAUUCUCCCAAUCCUCUUCUGGAUCAUCCAAAUGCACUCUAGCAAACUUCAGACCGGCCUGGACAUGUACUGGCUGGACACGUCUUGCACUGCAGGAUUUGAGUCCCUGGCGGCGUAGUGUGUUACUGAUGGUAGGCUUUGUUACUUUGGUCCCAGCUCUCUGCAGGUCAUUCACUAGGUCCCCCCCGUGUGGUUCUGGGAUUUUCGCUCACCGUUCUUGUGAUCAUUUUGACCCCACGGGGUGAGAUCUUGCGUGGAGCCCCAGAUCGAGGGAGAUUAUCAGUGGUCUUGUAUGUCUUCCAUUUCCUAAUAAUUGCUCCCACAGUUGAUUUCUUCAAACCAAGCUGCUUAACUAUUGCAGAUUCAGUCUUCCCAGCCUGGUGCAGGUCUACAAUUUUGUUUCUGGUGUCCUUUGACAGCUCUUUGGUCUUGGCCAUAGUGGAGUUUGGAGUGUGACUGUUUGAGGUUGUGGAUAGGUGUCUUUUAUACUGAUAACAAGUUCAAACAGGUGCCAUUAAUACAGGUAACGAGUGGAGGACAGAGGAGCCUCUUAAAGAAGAAGUCACAGGUCUGUGAGAGCCAGAAAUCUUGCUUGUUUGUAGGUGACCAAAGACUUAUUUUCCACCAUAAUUUGCAAAUAAAUUCAUUAAAAAUCCUACAAUGUGAUUUUCAGGAUUUUUUUUUCUCAAUUUGUCUGUCAUAGUUGACAUGUACCUAUGAUGAAAAUUACAGGCCUCUCUCAUCUUUUUAAGUGGGAGAACUUGCACAAUUGGUGGCUGACUAAAUACUUUUUUUCCCCACUGUAUAUGAGCUGGCCAAGGAGCGCAGGGCUCUGGGUGGCAAAGGUCCCUGUCUAACCUGCAUUGUCCUUUGCAUGUUGUUCCAGGUCAGGCAUAAUUUGUCGGCGGUGCUCCUGGCCACCAUGAACAUCCUGUUCAUGCAGUACAAGCGUCUGAAGGGCGCCGCAGCAGGAACCCCUGGUCGCCCACAGAGAUCCAUGGAGGACAGAGACUCGGUGAGGAGAUGGUGACCUCUCAGGGCAAUACUGGCCAUGGGAUGAAAAUGGAGGAACUUUAUUAAGUCUUUGAGGGACUUUUGGGGGCUACGUGUUAUGAUGGACUGGGCAGUAAAGACAUGCCUCUGCUCUAUUAUGUGAUAUUUCAUUGAAUAAUGAGUACUGUGCCGUCUUGUCUUGUUUUUAUCUGUUUUGACACGCAUGGUUGAUUUCACUGUCAGCUCUAAGAUGUUAACAUGCCCUUUUGGCCUUUUUCUGUGUUUGUCAACAGCAACUGCGCAGCCAGGCUCGAGCACUGAUCACGUUUGCUGGGAUUAUCCCAUACCGCAUGGCAGGCGACACCAAUGCCCGGCUGGUGCAGAUGGAGGUCCUAAUGAACUGACUCCAAAAUACCCCCAACCCCCAGCCAUACCCACCCUUCUCAUCAACUGUCUGAUUUUUUUGAAUUUCUUUGGCAUUGUCCCCAUUUUUCCCAUUUCUUUGUCCUUAUGUUGCUCCAUAUUUGUAUUUUUUCAUAAAUUGAAAUAAAAUGUCAGUUCAAUUUAA